AAUAUCUCAAACAAGUAACAAUUCCAUAACGCAAUGCAAUCGUCUGAAGCCGGUGGUGGUGAACUAAGACAGCAUAAAACUUCAUCUUCAAAUUCAACAGCAGCAGCAGCGACAUUAAAUAAAACCGGCCUCAACGAAUCGACAACAUCCUUCACUACCAAUACACCGAACUCAACAGCACUCAACAACGACACACCGAGCAAGAAUCCCUUCAAGCAACAUCUACAGACACAGCAGCAACAGCAGAAUGGCAGCAGCGGCAGCAACAACACGGACGGCCUUAAUGCCAGCGAGCGGGGUAGUGGAUAUGGUGGGAUAUUGGGUGUGGGAGCCACCACUCCAGCGGAUCCCAAAAUGACCUCACCACCAGGUGGCGGGAGAUCUGGAGGCGCUGGACCACCCAUACCACCACCAGAUCAUCAUCGACAAGAAAAUUAUAGAGCUGCCGGGUCCUGGGCCGCCUUUAAAAAUUGGAUGAUCGGAUGGAGGGGUUCGUCACGUUUGGUAUUGGUUAUUGUGGCCAUAGCCUUGCUGCUGGACAAUAUGUUGCUGACAACUGUUGUUCCUAUUAUACCUGAGUUCCUGUACGACAUACGGCAUCCAGACGCUCCUUUGGACAGCUAUCCACGUACACCCCUCAGCAUUCAUGUGCCACCGACACCAACGCCCUCACCCUGUGGCAAAGAUGGUGAUGAUGUCUCGCUAGAGGUCUCCACAUUAAGUCCGGAGGAAAAUGAAACACUUUAUCGUGAACUGGAGGAGCGGCAUCAGGAGCUGGUGGGUGAAACGGUGGAGGUGGGCCUGCUGUUCGCAUCCAAGGCCUUUGUACAGCUUUUGGUGAAUCCCAUUGUUGGCCCAUUGACUCACAAAAUUGGUUACAGCAUACCCAUGUUUGCCGGCUUUGUAAUUAUGUUUGUGUCCACCCUAAUCUUCGCUUUUGGCCGCUCCUAUACGGUACUGUUCAUCGCUCGAGCUCUACAGGGUAUUGGCUCAUCGUGUAGCAGUGUCUCCGGUAUGGGCAUGUUGGCAGAUCGUUUUACUGAUGACAAGGAACGUGGCAAUGCCAUGGGUAUUGCACUGGGUGGUUUGGCUUUGGGUGUCCUGAUUGGUCCACCCUUUGGCGGGGUAAUGUAUGAAUUUGUUGGCAAAUCGGCUCCGUUUUUGGUUCUCUCUGUACUGGCUUUGGGUGAUGGUCUGCUGCAGUUGUUUAUGUUACAACCCUCGAUAGAAAAGGCGGAAACGGAACCACCCACCCUGAAGGCUUUGAUAUCCGAUCCAUAUAUUUUGAUUGCGGCUGGCUCCAUCACCUUUGCCAAUAUGGGUAUUGCAAUGUUGGAACCCUCCCUACCAUUGUGGAUGUUGGAUAACAUGGGCUCAAGUCGUUGGGAACAGGGUGUGGCUUUCUUACCGGCCUCGAUUAGUUAUUUAAUUGGCACAAAUCUGUUUGGACCCCUAGGCCAUAAGAUAGGCAGAUGGUUUGCGGCAUGCUUGGGUUUGGUCAUCAUUGGUGGCUGUUUGAUAAUGAUCCCCAUGGCCACUUCGAUAACCCAUUUGAUCAUCCCCAAUGCUGGUCUGGGCUUUGCAAUUGGUAUGGUGGACUCAUCGAUGAUGCCGGAAUUGGGUUAUUUGGUUGACAUUCGCCACUCCGCUGUGUAUGGUAGCGUUUAUGCCCUGGGUGAUGUGGCUUUCUGUUUGGGUUUCGCCGUCGGUCCCGCCCUAAGUGGUACCCUGGUGAAAACAAUUGGCUUCGAAUGGAUGUUGUUUGGCAUUGCCAUUAUUUGUUUCCUCUACGCCCCGCUGCUGACACUGCUGAAGAAUCCACCGACACGAGAGGAGAAGAAGGUGGGUAGUAUUACUGGUGGGGCACCAACUGCCGAUGAGAUUACAACAAUACAAGCUACAAGUCCUGCCAUUAUAAAUGACGGUGUCACAAAUGCGGCUUUCACUGAAAGUGAAAGGCUUUAAUUUUAAU